AUCACUGCCAGCCUCGUUGAGACGAUCCUUCGCCGCCUCUUUUCUCUUCAUCUGGCUGCCGAAUUCCGCCUUCGAGUCUCGCGCUGCUGUACCCAGUCAUGGGUCUUCCGAACUGAACAGAAAAAAACAGUCGCCAACUCGUUGAAAUCUUCUCGGCUCUGUCUCUCGAAUGACGAGGAGAAAUAG